CAUGAUUGUCAUAAAGCCAGUGUGGUUUAUUGCGUUACUACAGACUGUACACCAAGCGACUUGUCAGCAGUGUCAACAGGAGACGGUUGGAGACCUGACAUGGCCUAAGGCGAGUGGGGGAGAAAACGUCACCGUGCAAUGCGGUGGAACAGGAGAAGGAGAAGCUAUCCGACUUUGUAAAAGUUCUGGGAUAUGGCAUUCCGAUAUAAACUACACUGGCUGCACUUCACAGGUGCUAGAAGACCUAUACAUAAGGACGUGGAACGCAAGCUCUAACGUCACUACCCUUGAGGAAAUCUCGCGAGAGUUGGAGGUUGAGACCAAUGGCGGGGGUAACUUCUAUUCCGGGCAGCUUGCACAGUGUGUGCAGAUUUUACAGGUUAUUCUUAAUGCUGGUGCAUUGAAUACGCUGUCCGGGACAGUGGAUACUACAGUAGCUGAUAGCCUCAUCAAGAAUGUACUGGACGCAGCUGAUAAUCUUUUAAAUGCAGAAUUAUUUGCCUCAAUGUGGAGCAACAUCCAUCAGUACAAAGACGGCGAAUUGUUUCUGACAUUCUUACAAGAUCUGGAAGGAUUUGGUGAGAAUGUUACGUCAUACCUAAUCAGGGUGAACCAUCAACCUCUGAAGCUGUCGUUCAUGCAAACCACACACUUUAAGUCCAUUUACGAGGUUCUCCUUGAUACAAGCAUCGAUGUAUCACAUGGAUUCCCAUCACCCUUCACGACAAACGUCACUAUUCCACGUAGCGUUCUCCCCUCCUCACCAUCAGAUCCUGCGAAGAACAUUAGCAUUGCCACCCUUGUGUUUGCAUCCACUGUUCGAGAGCUCUUCCCAAAUCAAACACAUAAUAGCCGGAUCCUAGUUGAUGACCGAAACAUCUCGUCACUCUUUGUGUCUUGUAACAUUUACCCACAACCCACGACGCCUUUCCAGGAUUUUGUGGAGAUACGAACGCCAAAUAAAAAUGUUUUACCCAAUUCUACUUGCUCUUAUCUGCAAUACAACGACACAGAAAGUGUAUGGAAGAAGGAUCUUAAACUUUGCGAAAAGCCCGUUUUCCACAUCGAGGAUAAUACAGUCACGUGCAAAUGCAAACACCUUACUACAUUUGCUGUCAUUGGGUCGUAUAACACUCGAGGGGUGCUACCGAAUGGCAUCUUGGUAUCCAUGGUUUUUUAUCUGGUCAUCACAGCAGCAACCUUUUGCCUUGUACUCUAUGCAAAUAGAAACUUUGAUUCUGAUCGUGCCUCAUUAGUGCUGUGUUUCCUAGCAACCCUUUUUACCGGUCACCUGACUUUAGUGACGGGAAUUUACGCAAUAGAUAACAAGGAUGCCUGCCGUGCCGUAGCCUUACUUCUUUAUUACUUUCAGUUGUCUUACUCCUUCUGGAUGUUGGCACAAUCGGUGCAACUAGUCCUGAAGGUAACCUAUAAAACAGUAGAGACAGGCACAGUGGCUCAGUUCUGUGCAUUGGGUUGGAUCACGCCGUUGUUCGUUGUGGCAAGCAUGGCUGGCCUCGACCUCGAACCCUAUGGCAGAGGGAACCACUGUGCCAUUCCUCUGAGCAACGGCGUUAUAUUCGCCCUCAUCGUUCCAAUAACAUUGAUUGGAUGCACAAAUUUUGUAUGCUUAUUCUAUGCCUUCUACUGUAUUUACCGUUUAAAGAAAACUGACAGAAAGUGCCUUGCUCAAAUGAAUAUAAUCUUACCCAAUAUCCGCGCAUGCCUAAUAAUCAUUCCAUUGGAGAUCAUAGAAUGGGCUUUCACGUCGCUCUCAAUCGACUUUGAAUUCACAGUCUUCGAUGUUCUUUGGGCGCUGUCAGUUGUUAUCAUGGGCAUCUUCGUCUUUCUGUUUUAUGGGAUUGGAAGCUCAGAGGUUGUGGUGGAAUACGAGAAACAUUUCGGACCUUGCUGCUGGCAGCACAAGAAAAGUUCCGCCGUUCACGACUCGCCGCGCCCGGGCUGGCGAGACGAAAUCAGCCAGAUUAGCCAGUUCCGAGAGGCAAGCUCUAUCAUGCGGGACAUGGACAGUAUCGCUACCGUCACCGGCAACGGGGCAGUGGCCGGCUGUAGCGGGGUGAACAACGGCGGGCUGGAACCCGAUGAUGUCCUGGCAAGAGGGAAGGAAUUGAAUGAACCGACUGGACUCACGAGUUCGUCGUUGACGUCUUCUUUUAUGCUGAAGACGAAGCUGAAGGUGUUUCCACUGCGGAAGAACAAUAAUGACCAGCCAGCCAAGAAUCAUCAUCAAGACAACCCCAGAUGACGACCACCAGACGCCUCAUC